AUGAGCUCGUUGAUGCGAGCGUAUACGCGCUCGUUCGAGCGACGACCGUACGUGACAUUACUCGUGAGUAGUACUCCUCUCUCCCAGUGGGAGCUCGACGAGUAGGACGUGGAGCAGGUCGAGAAUGACGUCGCCGCGCUCGUCGCCGCGCUCGUCGGCACCAGAUUCCCAGCCUGAACACCCCGUAGCCGUCGUCCUGGACGGAGACUCAAUCACUACACGGCUACUCUUCCACCCUAGAUCGCUAAUGGUCUCCUCAUGUCGCUCGGCGAUGGAGCCGCACAAUCAUUGGCCAUGUUGACCGCCUCCGCUCCCGACGGGUCCGCCGAACUGCUUGCUUUCGACUUUGCGAGGACGUUCCGCUUCGCUUUUUUUGGCGCUUCGAUGGGCCCUUUGGCGGGCGCUUGGAAUAGUGAGUGGCCAAUGGGAUGCAUUGUUGGGCGCUCAGUACUGUGAGUAGUCAACGCUGACUCAACCUGGCUUGCACAGAAUUCUUGGAAGUCCGCUUCCCUUUGCGAACCUCAUCGAUCACGCAACAAUACCCCUUGCAAAAAGUCAAGACCGACGACCCCGCCUCAACCUCGAUCCCGAUACCAGGGUUCAAGAUGCCAAAAGGAGCCAAGCUCGAACGAGGGGCUGGAGCUGGAGCGGCGGGAGCGGCGGGUUUGCGAGGGAGCGUCAAUGCCGCUUCGACGGUACCGACACCGCCCGGUGCGAGUGCGAGUGCAGGUGCUGAAGGUCCGGUUUCGAAUAUACAACUUGCCAAGAGGGUCGCUGCUGAUCAGCUCGGCUUGUGAGUAUUCAAACUUGCGCUAGAAGCAAAAACUGUCGCGACCGGAACUGAUCGUCUGCUUGUUGAUCUUCUCGCAGGGCCCCCAUCUCGCUGUUCAUCUUCUUGAUGUCGAUGGGCUUGAUGGAAGGAUUGAGCGACGAAGAGUUGUGGGACAAGAUCCGCAAUAAUUACCUUCCCAUCUUGCUCGUCAAUUGGCAGGUGAGCAAUGACCUGCCCCCCUGCAGGUUUUUUGCCACACUUGCAGAUACUCAUCACCGGAUCUUCUUUCUGUGUUCUCAUUCCUCAGGUCUGGCCCCUCCUUCAAUUGAUCAACUUCCGCUUCGUGCCGCUCAGGUAUCGAGUUCCCUAUGGAUCGAUUCUCGGCAUUGGUACGUCUCCGGACCUCACAAAGAAUUGAUCAAUCGGAGAUGACUGACUUGCGACUGUCUGGUCUCUUUUGCCAGGCUGGAGUGCGUUCUUGAGCUUCAAGACGGCAAAGAAGGUCGAGGCUUAG